AUGACCAUUCGCAAGCUGGAAGGCGAAAGCUCCCAGCUCUUUCAGCCGCUGGACAUCAGCAAUGGCAAAAUCAAGCUUGGCCAUCGCGUAGUUCAUGCGCCAAUGACCCGCAACCGAGGCGUCCCGGUGAACGCCACCAGUACCCCUGAGAAUCCCAAUCGGAUUUGGUAUCCGGGGGAUCUCAUGGUCGAGUACUAUCGACAGCGGGCGACCCCCGGCGGGCUGAUCAUUUCGGAAGGUAUCCCACCUUCACUCGAGAGUAAUGGAAUGCCCGGCGUUCCUGGUCUGUUCACCGAAGAGCAAAUCGCUGGCUGGAAAAGAGUGGUUGAUGCCGUCCAUGAGCAAGGGGGUUACAUCUUCGCCCAACUGUGGCAUGCAGGCCGUGCCACCAUCCCCCAAAUGACUGGAUCUCCAGCGGUCUCGGCCUCGGCUACGGUCUGGGACUCGCCGACGGAGUGUUAUUCUCAUCCCCCCGUGGGAUCGACAGAGCCUGUUCGCUAUGCGGACCACCCGCCGAUCGCAUUAACCGUCCCACACAUCAAACAGACCAUCCAGGACUAUUGUAAAGCCGCCGAAUUGGCCAUGAAAAUAGGGUUCGAUGGCGUCGAGCUCCACGGUGGAAACGGAUACCUUCCUGAGCAAUUUUUGUGCUCCAACAUUAACAAACGCACGGAUGAUUACGGUGGGUCGCCGGAAAAGCGAUGCAAGUUCGUCCUCGAAUUGAUGGAGGAGUUGACAAAGACCGUGGGCGAAGAGAACUUGGCAAUCCGUCUCUCUCCAUUCGGGUUGUUCAACCAAGCGCGCGGGGAGCAGCGUGUGGAAACCUGGACCUUCCUGUGCCAGACAUUGAAGCAGGCCCACCCGAAUUUGUCGUAUGUCAGCUUCAUUGAACCUCGCUACGAACAAAUCUUCAGCUACGAAGAGAAAGAUACCUUCCUGCGCAGCUGGGGUCUUCUCGACGUGGACCUCACGAGCUUCCGCAAGAUCUUCAGUGGCACCCCCUUCUUCUCGGGCGGUGGCUGGAACCAGACCAACUCCUGGGGAGUCCUGGAAGAGGGACGCUAUGAUGCCCUGCUGUAUGGCCGGUACUUCACCAGUAACCCAGAUCUAGUGCAGCGUUUAAAGAAGGGUAUCCCCUUCAAUCCGUACGAGCGUAGCCGGUUCUACGGGCCGUUCGAGGACAAUGCCGUGUGCUAUGUUGACUAUUCCCCUGCGGAAGCUCAGUGA